AUGUCAACAAAGGAGCGUGUAUUCACAGGUCUUUUUAUCUUCCAGCGAGUCGAGCAAGACCACUGUUCCAGACGUAUUUCAGCUCGGCAGCAGAGAAGACGACAAGCAGCGCUGCCAGGCAAACAGAGAGAGAGAGACAGAGAGAGAGACGACGAAACGAAGAAGCAGAAAGCAGCAGAAGAGGACAGGCAGAAGAGAAAGUGA